CUACCUAUCAUCCAUUUUGUGUAGACAAGUAUACAGAUAGACAGACGGACAGAAGAAAAGUUCUGUUUAUUUGUUAGGAAAUGGAUAACUCCUCCACUAAUAUUUCCUCCCCAUUUCCUCUGCUGCCUUAUUGGAGUAGUUCUCAUGAUUUUACCGUCUCUAGCCUUUUUUUAUUUCAUUCAACACAUGCCUUAGUCUUUCUGUUUGCAUUCCUUGUCCUUUUCAAAUUGAAAGGCAACACUAGAAAUGAGACCCCAAACCAAGCACCUCUCCCACCAGGGCCAACUCCCUGGCCAGUCAUUGGAAACCUCCCUGAAUUAUGGAAAAACAAGCCUGCCUUCAGGUGGAUUCUUGGCCUCAUGAAACAACUUGACACCGAUAUUGCUUGUAUCCGCCUGGGAAACAUUCAUGUCAUUCCUGUCACUUCACCUGAAAUUGCUCAAGAAUUCUUGAAAAAACAAGAUGCAGUUUUUGCAUCGAGGCCUAUUACGAUGGCUACUGAUUAUGCUUCUCGUGGUUUCUUGUCAAUAGUGUUUGUGCCAUGGGGAGAUCAAUGGAAGAAAAUGAGAAAAUUGGUUGUUUCAAACAUCAUUAGUCCACAAAGACUUAGCUGGUUACUCCAUAAGAGAAACCAAGAAGCUAAUAAUCUUGUUAGGUUCAUUUACAACCAAUGCAUCAACAAUGAAGCUGAUAUUUCCAAUGCAUCCGUUAUAAACCUGAGACUUGCCACCAGGCAAUAUACAGGAAAUGUCAUCAGGAGGAUGAUGUUCAACAAAAGAUACUUCGGAAAGGGCAAAGAAGAUGGAGGGCCUGGACAUGAAGAAGAAGAGCACGUCGAAUCUCUCUUUACUGUUCUCAUGCACAUUUACUCUUUCAUCCUAUCAGACUAUGUACCUUGGCUGAGAGCAUUAGAUUUGGAUGGUCAUGAGAAGAUUGUGACUAAGGCUCUGAGAAUUGUCAACAGUUACCAUGAUCCGAUUAUUGAUGAGAGAGUACAACAGUGGAGAGAAGGGAAGAAAAAGGAGCCCGAAGACCUUCUUGAUGCCUUCAUUUCAGCAAAGGAUUCAAAUGGGAAGCCAGCAUUUUCAGUUGAAGAGAUCAAAGCCCAAUGCACGGAAUUGAUGUUUGCAAUAGUGGAUAAUCCUGCUAAUGCAGCAGAAUGGGCUAUGGCAGAGAUGCUCAACAAACCUGAAAUUCUCCAAAAAGCCUGCCAGGAAAUAGACAGUGUUGUUGGAAAUGAGAGAUGGGUUCAAGAAGCUGACAUUCCAAAACUCAAUUAUAUAAAGGCUUGUGCAAGGGAAGCUUUUCGGCUUCACCCCAUUGCACCCUUUAACGUUCCUCACGUGUCAAUAGCCGAUGCCACAGUUGCCGGCUACUUCAUCCCUAAAGGUAGUCAUGUCCUGCUCAGCCGAGCAGGCCUAGGCCGGAACCCGAAAGUUUGGGACGAGCCAUUGGAAUUCAAACCUGAGCGGCAUCUGAAGGAUGGUUUGAGUGAUAAAGUUGAUCUGACAGAGCCGGAACUGAGGUUCAUUUCGUUUAGUACUGGAAGGCGUGGGUGCAUAGGCGUGGCUCUUGGGACUCAAAUGACUGCAAUGCUGUUUGCCAGGCUGAUUCAAGGUUUUAAAUGGAACGUACCACCUAAUGAAUCGAAAAUUGACCUCUCUGAAUCGGAAGAUGAUCUUUUCUUGGCAAAACCAUUACAUGCACUGGCUAAACCACGCUUGCCUGCUGCACUCUAUACUCAGCUUGACUACUAGUCAAAUUUAAAAUGCUUUAGUGCUACAAUACUGUACUAAAUAAACUGUAACCAAGUUAUUAUUAGAGGUCAUGAGAAUACGACAUGUGGUCAUCAUUAAGCAGUGAUAUUCAGCAUGUUUGGAAUUCAAAAUCCAACUUGGGCAACCCUAUGUUUUUGCUAUAUAUGAUUCCAAUUUCCAUUAAGAAUCUAGCCAUGCAAGUUGAGUUUCCCUGAUUCAGCCAAGCAGUAGCU